AGUAAACCAAGUCUUUGUCUACCUUGUCCCCUGCAUCUGUUAGGUUUAAGUUUAAGAAUACAACGACACAAACACAACAACCACACACACCGAACAUAUUAGAAAAAAAUAGGUACAUGCAGAGAUGGUGAGAACCCCUUGUUGCGACAAAAAUGGACUGAAGAAAGGCCCGUGGACACCAGAGGAAGAUAGGAAGUUGAUCGAUUAUGUCACUAAGUAUGGACACUGGAAUUGGCGCUUACUCCCCAAGUUUGCAGGUCUUGCAAGAUGUGGGAAGAGUUGCAGGCUGAGAUGGCUGAACUAUCUAAGGCCAGAUGUUAAAAGAGGGAACUUUAGUCAUGAAGAAGAAGAAACCAUUGUCAGACUUCACGAAAAGUUGGGUAAUAGAUGGUCAGCAAUUGCUGCUGAAUUGCCAGGGAGGACGGAUAAUGAAAUAAAGAACCACUGGCACACCGCCCUUAAGAAGCGUUUUGAACGAAAGCCAAAAGCUAAACGCAGAACUGAAAAAGAAGGCAAUGUUGUUUCUAAGUCAAUGGAGAGAGUGGUGUUAGAGAACUGCAGUGAGUACGCUGUGAUAACAACAGAUGCUGCUGCAGCCAUCACAAACCAUGAAAAUUCGGUUCUAGAAGGUGAUGAUUAUGGCCUUUCCUUUUUGGACACAUACACGGAGCCUGAUGUGUGUGCAAAUUUCUGGACAGAGCCUUAUUUAAUUGACAAUUCCUAUGUCCCUCCUGAGGGUGAUGUAGUAGAACUUUGGAGCCACAAUGAUUUGUACAUGCACGAAUAUUGCGAGGGUUUCUUCUGCUGAUCACAUGUUUUAAUUCCAGUACCAGGGAACUUCUAGCUAGCCAGCCUUUUGCUACUCUUGCUUGCCUUUGUCUUUUGAAAAUGUUAAUUCGAUGCCAAUUAAUUAAAAGGUUGGUGUGAUCUAAACAGUUAGUAUUUCGUGACCGGAAUAAGAUAGAGUACAUGCAUGUAAAUAAUUUAUUACUCUAAACAUCUCCAUCCAUCUCAAAAUGUAGAUUGUGCAGCUUCCAACAUGUUAUAUAAUGUCUGAAUGUCUAGACUUAAU